UUAUACAGAGCAAAGAAAAAGUAGAAAAGAAUCAAGCUCUGGAACACUCGAUGAGUGAGAACUCGUGUCAACUAUGUGUAGUUGAAAAGAUGAGUUUUGAACCCUGCCUAUACUUGUCCAAAUUGUUAUAUGGAAGAAGUUGAAAGAGGAGAGAGGAUGCCUUUACCACAGAGUGUUGUACUUGGAGCAAAAGAUUUACCUCGAACCAUACUUAGUGAUCACAUAGAGAGCAGCUUGUUUGGAAAACUGAAGCAGGAGAGAUUAGAGUGCGCAAGGUUCUAUGGGAAAACUUAUGAUGAGGUUCCUGGAGCAGAAGCACUUGUUGUCAAAGUGGUCUCUUCUGUGGACAAGAAGUUGGAAGUCAAGCAACAAUUUCUUAAGAUCUUUCAAGAGGAAAAUUGCCCUGUGGAUUUUGGGUAUAAGUCUAAGGUAUUUCAACCGUACUACUUUUGUUGAUUUGUUUAUUAUAGCAUCUUUCCCUACAU